CCAUACUGGGGAGAUAUGGAUGACGGGGAAAACCACCCGCUUCCUCCGAAAGCCCCGCUGCCGGCCGGCCCAACCCAGGGAUUCGAGUCCCAAGACACCCUGGCCUGUGCUAGGGACAGCCUCGGUCUCGGCCUCUCGCUCUGUCUCUCUGAAAGUCUCUCUCACACCCCCGACCCCGCUCUCAGUCUCUCCCGCGCGCUCGCUCGCUUUCCGUCUCUCUCGGGCUCUCUCACGCGCGUUCUCGCUCCGGAGCUGGUUCCCGCCGUCCAGGCGCCAGCGCGGCGCCUCGUUUCCUCUGCCCUGGAAACGCAGCGCGGCCGGCUCGGAAUUGAAGGGUUAAGACAACCGGGAGGAGCUGCCCACCGGCAGGCUAGACCGGCCACAGCGCGGAAGCUGGUGUCGGUGGGGUUGAGCUGGCGUCACAUGGAUGCGACGGUGGCCAGAAACUGGACCUUCGAUUGGCUGCCGCGAGCCGCCCGGGAGCGAAUGGGUAUCUAUGUGAGAGCGGCUGGGUGUUUUGUCGCGAACCCCUCCGCCCAGCUCGGCUGCGACAGGAGAAGGCGUGCAGGCCGCCCUUUCCGGAGGUGUGCCGCGGCGUUCCUGGAGCGACCCUCUCGGGAGCGUGUCUCGUGAACUGGACGAAUGCUUCCGGAGGGUAUGGGAGAGACUCCAGGAAGCGGACGUGACUUCAUAGGCAGGCGACGAGGGAACUGGGCUGGAGGCAUGGGAGGAGGCCGAUUUCUCCUAUGAUUGGCUGGGAGGUUUGCGCUAGGGUGCGCCUCUGACCUGCCGUUUCAUUUUCAUUAUUUACUGUUUUUGCAUGAGCAGUACAUGCACCCUUUAAAUACAAAAACUAAACAAUUCAAGACAUUGAAAUGAUUCAGGCUACUGCCGUAGGGAGAGCGCCCCAGAAGUGGAAAUCACACUGUCGCACUACUUUCAGGAGGACAGACCUCCCGUCUAAGUGAAUCAUUCCUGAGAAAAAAGAACAAGGAGUGGUUGGGUCAGCGAUCUGGAAGUCAUGGCACAGAGUGGACAGACGGCAUCCCUUAUAUAAGUCCCAUGGAUAAUACUGGUCCUUUGUGGUCAACGAUUUCCCAGAACACGAAAGUGUGCAGAUAUUUCUUUACCGUGGCAUUUGUCAGGAGUCAAGCGACAUGCAGCAGCGUUUGUCCUAGCAGAUACAUGGAUAGUAGAUUGCUUUUUAACCCUGGAAGAAGACACCCUGUGAACAGAGUUUAUAGUUUUCAAAAAGUAAUGUUUUUGUGGUUUAAGUGAAGGAAGGAAACAUGAACCAUUAUCCCAGAAUAUUAUCAUCAUUUCAUUUUACAAAUUAAGUAACUGGCCUCAGAGAGGUUAAGUAACCUUCCCAAAGUCACAGAAGAUAUUUAAAAAAUGGUGGAGUCUCGAUUUAAAUCCAGGUGUCUGUGACUUCAUCCCCUUCAUGCUGUGCAGCCAUACACUGUCAUUUCCAAAUCUACCUCUCCCUGAAUCUAUAGAUUUCCUGUGCCAACUGACAACCCCACAGGCCCGUUGCACUCACCUCCUCCUAUCCAGCAUCCUAGGCAGUUGGAAACGACUUCCCAGAGAAGAGUGUGUUAGAGAACCUGGGUCCCAAAGGCCCUACCCCAGCCCCUGGAAGGAGAGGUGGGCUUCAAGAGGAAGAUUAGAGGAUUUGAAGGCAGAAGUAUGUUUGUCUGAGGGACAGGCUGAUAGGCCAAUGUGGCACACACGUGAUAAUAAACACCAGUUACUUUGAAUUUA